AUGGCUUCCAGUACCUAUAGACAAAAAUCACUAACCGACUCCGAACUAUACUUCGAGUUCGGGGUCUGGAAGAUCGGCAAAAAUCUCUCAAGCAAAUUCCGACAACAGGAAGACCCACAUGGUGGCUUUACAUGCGAACGGCACGAGGUUUAUGAAGCCACAAGGAUUGAUCAACCUUCGAAGACGCCUGAUGUCAUCAAGAUCAAAAAGCAGAUUGUGUUCUGGAGUAACCGCGGUUAUUCCGAGCCUAGUGAUGAGGUUAACCGUGAAAUCUACAAUCUAUCGCAGUUAGAAGAAUGCCGAAGCACGCCCAAGCUUCUUGGGUACGCUGUCGGAACGCAAGACUCCAGCGACCAUCUACCAGGCGGGUACAUUGCAUAUAUCGUGAUGCAGAAGGUCCCCGGGGAGAAUCUACAUGGCUUCGACACACUUACGAAAGCGGAGCAAAAUCGUAUUCGAGUUGCAUUUAUAGAUAGUCUAUGGGAAUUGGUUUCCCGCUAUUUUACUCAUAGGGACCCACGAAGAGAAAAUAUUAUAUGGGACCCCAGAAUGGGACAAUGUUUUAUUGUGGACCUCGAAGACGCUGAGCAACAUACGAAUCGCACCAAGCAUGAUCCCGACUUUACUGUGGUCAGCCAGUGGUAUCCGGGCCGCCAUAAGACACGUGGCUUUGUACUUCCCUCAUCUACUUCCCCAACCCUCCCACCGGCUAUGAACUCCUCAUUCGCGUCCUCGCAGCCUCAUGCUGCCACAUCGACGCGGUAUUCGCAUCCGGACAAAUGCAACAAAUCCUACCCCGCACUGGGUAAGAAGACCCCUAUGCAUCCCAAUGACCAUAUCAACAUGUCUGGCUCGUCCAGCGAUGGUUUCGGUUCUGCGAUGCAUAUUGCCGCGGCUAUGGAGAUCGAAGGUCUUCUCCUGCCAGCGCUGGAUAGCUUGACGGAGGCUCUGAAAAGCAAAGCCCAGGAGUUCCAAGAUAUCAUCAAGAUCGACAGAACACACCUUCAAGAGGCUGUGUCUCUUUCAUUAGAGAAGGAAUUCUCCGGCUUCGUCGAGAGAUUAGAGCUAGGCAGGAAGCGUAUCGUUGAGACUGUAGAGGGUCUACGUUAUCUGCCGUUGUCACAAUACUUGACUAGGCCAUAA